UGAGAGCAACCCUGCUACUUCUUUUCGUUCACUAAAUUCCAGGCCUGUUUGAUCGCCUGCCGUCCUGUCAUCUGCUCCCCUGAUAUCAGCCAUAGGGAGCUUGCUUUCCAACCCCUUACUCUAGUCUGGGGCAGGGAACUGCAACCGAUCUCAUGAAAGACGGCGAUGUUGCCUCAGGAAAGAGCCGUCGGCCUUCACAUACGGAUGCUCCUGCCAUCCAAGUCAUCUGCUUGGGCUCAGGUGGUGGUCCCAACGAGAACAAUGUCACGGGCUUCCUGGUCCGAUCGAUAGCAUCAAACUGGGCCAAGGGCUCAGUCCUGGCUGUUGAUGCUGGUUCGCACCUAGCAGCCAUCACUCACAUUCUGGAAAACCACUUUCCACUCGUGGCAGAUGCCAAUCCUGCUCCAUCGACACCUCAUGAGGACGACAUCGAUCCGUCGGCCGAUGCUCCGGUCGAUGAUGACGGCAAUGAAUCCGCCACCCCAGAGCCACGGAAGAAUCUGGUCACAACCCUUGAAUCUGGACCUUUCGCCGGCCUACCUUUUCCACACGCAUCGGCGCGCGCGAAUGCAUCAUACCUGGUCCGAGAACACGUCUCAACCUAUCUCAUCACCCACCCUCACCUUGACCAUGUGUCUGGCUUUGUCAUCAACACUGCCGCUUUCCAUAACACAUCACGACCAAAACGACUCGCUGCCUUACCCUUCACGGUUAAUGCCAUCAAGACUCACCUCUUCAAUGACAUCAUCUGGCCCAAUCUCACCGACGAAGAUGGUGGCGUGGGCUUUGUCACUUUCCAACGACUGGCCGAAGGUGGUAACAUUGCUCUCGGCGAAGGUCCCAGUAGAGGCUUUAUCGAAGUCUGUGAUGGGCUAGGUGCAAAAGGUUUCAAGGUCAGCCAUGGCCAUUGUAUGCGUGGAACCAGCCAUGUCCAUCGAGGUAGUAUUACCAACCUGCAGGAGACAAGCACCCAGCAUCAGCAUACCCAUCCUCAAGGAACAUCACGAACUGGAACCAGUCUAUCUAGUGCUGAAAGCGCUUACAAAGAAGGGAGAUCCAUGUCUUUCUCUGUUGCAUCUCAGCCAGGAACUCCCCAAUAUGCCGCCGAGCCCUCAGUCUGCGUUGUGGAUUCUACUGCUUACUUCAUCCGUGCCGAAGCCACUCCAGCCACGCCGGCCCGUGAGGUACUUAUCUUCGGCGACGUUGAGCCUGAUAGUAUCUCUCUAUCACCACGGACUGCGAAUGUCUGGGCUGAGGCUGCACCCAAGAUUGCUCAAGGCAUGCUGACCGGCAUCUUCAUUGAAUGCUCCUACACCGACUCUCAGGCUGACCAGAUGCUGUUCGGGCAUAUUGCACCCCGUCAUCUGAUUGCUGAAUUGAAGUCUCUCGCAGCGAUGGUAUGUGAGGCCCAGCACGAACUGAGCCGAGAACGUGAUGAAGCACGCAAGGGCAGGAAACGGAAACGUCAAAGCGCUGGCUUUCUUAGUAUCGACCACGCAGGCGAUGACGGGGAUGCGAGUAAAAGCCGCCGAGAAAGCCGCACGACACAGAGUAGUACGAAUUCGGAUGUCGAUAAUCAUAUGUAUGAUGUGACGAGUCCGCGCAGUUUGGUCCAAAAGACAGUGCGAAAGGACAAUCCCUCCUUAGAACCUCAAGUCCCCACCAUUGCCGACCGCAAUUUGACUGAGUUGCCAUUGAAAGGCGUAAAGGUCGUCAUUAUCCACGUCAAAGACACCCUUGACGAUGGCCCCGUUGUCGGCGACAUUAUCCUACAGCAACUGCACGAACACGAAGAGAAUCUACGCGAGCAUGGCCACGCGCUGGGGUGUGAGUUUGUUGUGAGUGCGAGCGGAGAAGGCUACUAUUUCUGACAUGUAAAUCGUGAGCGUCAAUGGCGGUGGAAGCGGAACAGGUCAUGCUGCCUGGAGCGGCUGCUUGCACAAACAUGUAAAUACGUAGGAUGUAUGCAUCUGGAGUUUUGGGAAAGUGUCUAGCGAAUUGUACAAUCUAAAGAAGUCGCAUGAUCUAAUCUCUCAUCAGGUGGGACAUGUCAAAGGCGGAA